UCGGUAUCUACGUUUCCAGUAAUUACCAGUACAACUGACUGUCAACCUGUGACAUUGUGGUUGAUUGUCGCGUACAACAACAAGCAACCGUGAUGGGUGAUGCUAUAGUCAUCAAAUCUCACGUCCUCUAACUCGCGUCUGGCACAGGCGCACAGGCCUCUUCAUAGGCAAACAUGACUCAUCUGAGCGUGCCAUUCUCUCCUGCGCCCCUUGCACUGCUGCAUGAUGCACGGCCGUCUGCAUUUACUUGCUCCUUGUUCUUCAUCCUCCACAAUAUCCAUUCAUCCACUGUCCACUACCCCCGCCACCGCUCUCUUGUCCCAACUCUUCCAGGACGACUGGAUCGUCCACUGAACAAACUUACUUAGCAUACCCCCAAUACUUAAGCCUCACUUGCCUCUCAACUCAAAAGGGAAGCUUGCUGGCCAGGCCGAACUGACAGAAAAACGUCUACGACUGCAGCAAGAGUGCGUAGUAAAAAUUGAGUAGUACGGAAUAAAAGAAUAGUACUCAAAUCAGCACUACAGCAUUUACUUAUAUGCCAUCCAAGGGAGGUCAACGGUAUCUUCGUGGACAUAGUAAAGAAGGGCUACAAUCAUGUUGACUGCAGCAGUAAUCCCUGAUUCAAUUGGUGUCAAUCAAACUGAAUUGAUAUCACAAGAGAAAAACGAUCAGCUCUCUAUGGACAGGACAAUGCCUGGCAUCAUCCUCCUCUCCACAGCAGGUUUCCUUGCCUUUUGCAUGAUUAUCGACCAUCCCCGGUUUCUAGCCCGUCUUUUUGCUUCAUUUUUUGACCCAAAUAAAACCAAAGUCAAACAGGCACCAAAACCCGGUUUUCAUACAUCGCUGGGUUCUCAAGGUUCUUCAGCGGAAAAGGUGAUUGGUGGUGGCGAUCUCUGUGAAGGCUGGCUCCUAAAGAAGAAGACAAAUAGACAUAUUGAAAUUCUUUCCCCAAGGACACCGGCGUCCGAUAGACGCGGACACUUUUUACCUUCGGUAGGUGAAGAUGAGAGCCAAGAAGUGCGCCCGGUGUCGAGCCCUCUUCUUCAUCCUCCACCGCAUAUCGCUCCUCUUAUUUCUUAUAUGCCUUUUUCUGCCUCCCUUCUUUGCACUCCGUUUAACCGUUUACCUGGGCCCUUCAAAUCAAUUAUAACCGUUAAACAAGUCUACAUCAUCGUAGGGUAUGUUGUAUUGAUAGCUUUUGCUCUAUUCUGGAGAUCCAAACUCUCGCCGGCCGAGAAAACAUCUGGCUACGGAUCGGACUUCAAACGCUCCGGCGAUGUGGCUAUUGCUCAACUGCCUGUAGUGGUGGCUUUGGGAGUGAGAGGGAAUGUGCUUGGAUUGUGUGUAGGGCAAGGCUACGAAAAAUUAAAGCUAUUACACAAAGUUAUAGGAAGGAUACUGUUCGUGGCAGCAUCGAUCCAUGUGAUUGGUUACACAUAUAAGUGGUUAGCAGCUGGUAACUUUGUCAGCUCAUCAUCUCAGCGAUUUGUUGUAUGUGGUUACCUAUCCUAUGCUGCAAUGCUUUUGAUCAUUAUUUCUUCUCUCCCAUACAUUCGUCGGGCCUAUUAUGGGCUAUUUAAAAUGUGCCAUCUUGUAGGCAUGAUGGUGAUGCUAUUUGGAUUGGCCUGGCAUGUAGACGAAGCUGUCCCGUUUUGCAUCACAGGACUCGUAUUUUACUUCGUAUCUUUCGCUGGAUCUUUGGCCAAGACGCGUCUCGCAAAAGCUCAUCUACGUGCGCUUCCCAGCAGUAAUACCACCAUUGUUACUGUACCUGCCUUGAAGUCCGGAUGGCGCCCUGGCCAACAUGUUCGGAUUCGAAUUCCUGCUCUAGGUAGCCGACACGGUUUUGAGGGGCACCCUUUCACUAUUUCUUCCGCCCCUAACUGCGAGGGUAUGGUGCUCAUGUGCAAAGAUGCAGGUGAUUGGACAAAGCGGCUGUUUGACUAUUCCAGAGCGCUUGAAGCUUCCACUACUGAACCCGAAUCGGGAGCAGGUCGCAAUGUCAAAAUCAUUAUUGAAGGUCCUUACGGAGGAACAGGGAAUACCAUGCUUUCAUCCUUUUCCUCUUUGGUCCUUAUUGCCGGCGGGUCAGGCAUCACGCACGCUUUGGCCGUUGCUCAUGACCUCGUGAUGCGCGCUCCAACUGGUGCAGUCAGAGCGCGAAUUGUGGAUUUGGUGUGGAUUGUCAAGACGGAACAAGAAGCAAAGCCUUUGAUGGCUACUUUGCUAGAAUUAGUGUCGGAUGCGAAAAGUUGGGAAGCUGCUUCUAUUGAGGGACAAAGGAGGCAAGCCAACUAUGCUUCCCCAACAGCCCUCAGGAUCCAGAUCUUUGUCACCCGUUGUCCAGCAUCUUCGCCUCUCGCACUUAUUCCCGAUGCUACUGCCCUCUCCAGCUUCAAUGUUGAGACUAGCGCGGAGAAGUCAGGUAUGGUUGGUCAUAUGUCAGGGACGAAUACAGAGAAGGUGGCGUACUUAUCCCGCAAUCUAUCUGCUGCUUCAACAAUGUCAACAAUGAGAGACAAAUACGUACAACUCUCUGGCAUUACAGCUCGCCCAGCCCGCCCCAAUCUGAACAUUAUCAUUUCGAAGAUUGUCGACGAGACCAUUGCCCAUCAUCGGCAGAAUCUGACCGAAGCAAACGGGAUGUACAUCACGGCAUGUGGCCCAGAGGGCCUUGUAUACAGUACAAUGCAGGCCGUCAAGGCCCUACAAGCCUAUAAACGGACAGCAGUUGGAGGAGUAGAGUUUGAAGAGGAGCGGUUUGGAUUCUAGCUGCGUCACCACUCAAAAGCUCGUAGACCGCAAUUAUUGACCGAUAUCAGGGUGAUAACAGAACGGACAGCAAAGGCAAAAGGAGAAGAAGGACUCGGGGCUGGAGACUAUAAGGCCAAGGGGGCCAGAAUCAGUUGGAUUGGAGGGAAAUCACUUAGAAACCAUGAGCUGGAGCUCUUUAUCGGAUAUAUUAGGGUACAGGCCUUUCAGGUUUUAGGUACAGUAUGGCCAUUCUUCUUUUUUUAAAUGGUAUCUUACUUCUUUUACUCCCUUAUGAUGUCUUUUGGUAAGUAUUCAAAUUCUUUGUUCUUUGUCUGCGGUUCUUGGCUGCUCGUUUUUUCUUUGUUCAUAAA